UGUCAUGAGCAUUGAGAGUGCUCUUAAUGUUGUUUUCUCAUUUGGGGGUCAAACCUUGAACCCAAAAAUAAUUUAUGGUAGCGAGAUCAUAUAGGUGCCAGGUUACAAUUUAAAAAAUCAAAUCUUUUCUAGAUGAAAGGAAAAACCCAUUUGCCUUUUAACUUGAUAUGAUAAUGAACCUUCUGACUUUUCCUAUUGGCUGCGAUUGCAUGCGGAACCUCAUACUCCUAUCUCGUGUUCUUUGGGAUAUUUUCUUCUUCUUAGUUUAAUGAUGAUGGUCGGAACAGCAGUGGUUACCCGAGCUGAUGGAAGACUGGCACUAGGAAGACUAGGAGCGCUCUGUGAGCAGCUUAAAGAAUUAAACUCUCGAGGAUAUGAGGUUAUUUUGGUUACUUCAGGCGCAGUUGGAGUUGGACGACAGAGGCUUAGAUACAGAAAAGUUGCCAACAGCAGCUUUGCUGAUCUGCAAAGUCCACAAGAUGAAUUUGGUGGAAAGGCUUGUGCAGCCGUUGGGCAGAGUAGUCUCAUGGCUCUUUAUGAUACCAUGUUCAGCCAGCUUGAUGUGACUUCUUCUCAACUUCUUGUUACUGAUAGUGUUUUUAGGGAUGAAGGUUUUAGAAAGCAACUUUCUGAUACUGUCAACUCAUUAUUGGGUUUGAGGGUUAUUCCUAUUUUCAACGAGAAUGAUGCAGUGAGUACUAAGAAAGCACCAUACCAGGAUUCUUCUGGUAUAUUUUGGGAUAAUGACAGUUUGGCAGGGUUAUUGGCUUCAGAACUAAAAGCUGACCUCCUUGUUAUGUUGAGCGAUGUGGAGGGCCUCUAUAGUUGUCCUCCGAGUGACCCAAAAUCAAAGCUAAUUCAUACAUAUAUAAAAAUGAAACAUCAAGAAGAAAUCACAUUUGGAGACAAGUCCAGGUUGGGAAGGGGAGGUAUGACUGCUAAAGUUGAAGCUGCUGUAUGUGCAGCUGAUGCUGGCAUACCUGUUGUUAUCACAAGUGGUUAUGCCACAGACAACAUAAUAAAAGUACUUCAAGGUGAGCAUCUUGGUACCCUCUUUCAUAAAGACGCACAUUUAUGGACUUUAGCCAGAGAAGUUGGUGCACGUACCAUGGCAGCUGCUGCACGGGAAUGUUCUAGACAGCUUCAGGCCCAACAACCUCAAGCAAGGAGGAAAAUACUGCUGGACAUAGCAGAUGCCCUGGAGGCUAAUGAAAGUAUGAUUCUGGUUGAGAAUGAAGCUGAUGUUUCUGCUGCACAGUUGGCUGGAUAUGAGAAGUCACUAAUAUCUCGUUUGGCCUUGACUCCAAGGAAGAUCUAUAGUCUUGCAAAAUCUGUUCGCAAACUUGCAGAGAUGGAAGAACCCAUUGCUCGUGUUUUAAGCAGAACAGAGCUUGCAGAUGGGCUCAUCUUAGAGAAAACAACAAGUCCUUUGGGUGUCCUCCUGGUUGUUUUUGAGUCUCGACCUGAUGCCCUGGUACAGAUAGCUUCACUUGCAAUUCGAAGUGGGAAUGGUCUACUGCUUAAAGGAGGAAAAGAAGCCAAGCGUUCAAAUGCGGCAUUGCACAAGGUCAUUACUUCAGCAAUCCCAGGUAGUGUAGGUAGCAAACUUAUUGGACUUGUGACUUCCAGAGAGGAGAUUCCUGAUCUGCUGAAGCUUGAUGAUGUGAUAGAUCUUGUGAUCCCUAGAGGCAGUAAUAAGCUUGUUUCUAAAAUCAAGAGUUUGACAAAAAUUCCUGUUCUUGGUCAUGCUGAUGGAGUUUGUCAUAUUUAUGUUGAUAAGUCAGCUAAUAUAGAUAUGGCGAAACACAUUCUUCACGAUGCAAAGCUGGAUUAUCCUGCAGCCUGUAAUGCAAUGGAAACGCUUCUUGUACACAAAGAUUUCCUAAGUGAAGGUGGACUCAAUGAACUUCUCCUUGAACUCCGAUCGGAAGCUGUUACUCUAUAUGGUGGGCCAAGAGCCAGCAAUUUGUUGAAAAUAGCAGAAGCAAGUUCGUUGCAUCAUGAAUACAGCUCAAUGGCUUGCACAAUUGAAAUAGUAGAUGAUGUGUUUGCUGCCAUUGACCACAUCAAUCAACAUGGGAGUGCUCAUACUGAUUGCAUCAUUACUGAAGAUAUUGAAGUUGCUGAAGCUUUCCUGCGCCAAGUUGACAGUGCCGCAGUGUUCCAUAAUGCAAGUACACGAUUCUGUGAUGGAGCACGCUUUGGACUUGGUGCAGAGGUUGGUAUAAGUACGAGCCGGAUUCAUGCUCGAGGUCCUGUCGGAGUAGAAGGACUACUAACAACACGAUGGAUUCUGAGAGGUUGCGGGCAGGUGGUGGAUGGUGAUAAAGGGGUUAGUUACACGCACAAGGUUCUGAAACAAUCCUAGCUUUUCAGCAACGCAUCUGUACAGGACAUUGCAACUUGCAGCUGUUUCCCUUGACAUGCCAUCAUGUCUUACUUUCGGUUUAGCUAUAAUAUCCAAAUGCUCCUGAGAUAUGUAUUAUAAUAUAAGAUAGAAGAACAUAUAUUUUUUCCCAUUUCCAGAUUCCAAUUACUCUGGAAUCAUUCUUGGUGCAAAACUAAUUCAAGUAUCUUUUUUAAAUGAAUGAUUUUCCAUAAUGGGUGGAAAAGGAUAUCGUGAUUAACAGUUUUGGUUGAA